AUGUCUCAACAUCGUAAAUUAUCAAUUAUUUCUGAAACUCCAGUAUCUUUUGAAAAUAAAAUGUCUAAUAAAAGAAAAUUUGUUGAAACAGAACUUUAUCUUGAAUCUCAAGAAGAAAUAAAAAAACUUAAACAAGAAUUAAAAGAAAUUCAAGAAAAUGAAUCUCAAGAAAUAAAAAAGCUUAAACAAGAAUUGCAAGAGAAUCAAGAAGAGCUUUUUUUUGAAUCUCAAAGACUUCAAGAAUUGAAAGAAAUAGAAGAUGAAAUACGAGAAGAAAAAUACAAAGAAAUUAUUAAUAGUCUACAAGAAGAAAUAAUUUGUAAAAAUUCUUGUAUUGAAGAUUUGAUAGAUCGUAUUGUUUGUUAUAAUGCACAUUUUGGUAAAGCAUUUGAAAUUUGCCAAAAUUUAUAUGAUCAAGAAAAAUUAUAUUCUCAAGUUAAUGAGGUGAUUAAUGAUUUUACAAAUGAAUCAUAUUUAUUUUCUAAU